AUGAUGGAGGAGUACCAAGAAAUGCACCAGGAAUUGGAACAUUUGAGAGAGGACCAAAAGGCUACGGAGGCGGAGGUGACGCGACUGAGAAAACAGGACAGUUUCCUCCGUAAAAAUUCCUCCUAUUUUCGAGAAAAUGGUCGCCUAUCAGAUAGAGGUGACGGGGAGAGAGAAAAUGCUUUGCGAAUAAAAGACAGUCGUAGGGGUAGCGAGGCAACUAGAAUAAAGAAUAACGAAUCAUUAGAAGAAACUGCGGAGCUAAUUGAUCGCCUAAGAUCUGAGAAACAACAUUGGCAAGAAUAUGCCAAUCGUCUUGUCCGUUCCAUAGUAGAAUGCGGCUUUUCACCCGAAGAACUUCUUGAAGCCAGUGACGAGGGAAGUCAUUCAAGAGGAUCUUCCGAAGACGCUGAACGCUGGCGAACAUAUGCCCUACGACUCUUGAAUGAAGUUGUCAAGUCCGAUCCCUCCAGGAUGACCGAUUUUGACCGACGACUCCUCGGAUGGCACAGUGACGAGUUGACAACACUCUCAAGAGGAAAUAGAUCAGUUGUUGGGGAAAGUUUUGCCAUUCAAACCACAUCUUCUACAUUAUCUGAACGAGAAACAAGAGCCAAUUUUGCCCAGACUCGGCGACGAAAGAUCGAUAAACUGAAGGACUUUUUCAAAGGUCGAAGAGGAAGUCAAUUAUAG